AUAUAAAGAAUCGUCGAAUAUCACAUAAUUCGUCUAAAUCAUUAUCAAAAAAUAGAAUAUUUAAUAAACAAAUCAACUUUAAUUCUUAUUAAAUUAAUUUAACUUUCUACAAUGGUCUGCAUACCGUGUUUUAUAGUUCCAGUAGUUCUUUUCUUCUGGAGAUGGUUGAUCCAGCCAUACUUUAUUAAGUACAUUUGGAAUCCAUGGCAGAAGAAGGAUGAAACAGGAAAAGUCAUUGAAAAUGAGCCUGAAUUCAUUAAAAAGUGCGAGAAUGGAGUAUGUACAUUUAUGAGAAAACCAGCAGAAGACGGAUCAGGAGACACAAAAGUAGAAAAUCCACAUAUAAAGGAGACUGAAGUCAAGAAGAAUGACUAAAGACAUUGUUAAUUGAAUUAAUUGUAUAUUUAUUUACUCAGCA